AUGAGUCGAAAUUCACAAUUUCGACCGGAUCGUGAGCCCUUACAAGAUCACCCGGCUCUAGCGCUUCGUCGAAGUCAUGUCUCUGGUCCUUUCUCAUUCCUGAAUCCCACAUGGGCCUGGUACGCACCUACCACUGACCACCGGGCCGGUGAGACGUCAGAGCCCAGACCCAGCCCCUCUCCGCCAGCACACGUCCAACAUCUCUGGCGAUCUCGCGAUAAUCGCAAGGGGCGUCAUGCAUUACGUGUCGACUAUCGUGUAUCUCCGGAGGAAUCGGAGUUCGUGUGCCCGCAGCCAACUUCCACUUGGCAGACGGUUGCAAGGGGUAUUCUCCGCAUGGCGACCCACGUGCCUUAUUGGGAUGUAUCUUACUUGGUCGCGGUAACGUUCACUCUCGGAUCGGUGGUAUGGAUCAUCAAUGCUUUUUUCGUGUGGUUACCUCUUGUAGACCCGAAGACCGAGUUUUCCGGUGAGUCUCUAGACGGCGGCGGCAUCAGUGCGUUGAUCGGUGCGACUAUUUUUGAGAUCGGAAGCGUGCUGCUGCUCCUGGAGGCGGUCAAUGCAAAUCAAACGGGCUGUUUUGGCUGGGCGCUUGAAACGGAGUUGAAGAAGGCUGAGAAUAAUAAGUCGCGUUCCGUUGCUGUCACUCAACUCAAACCCACCCUGCAUGAAUGUCGCCACCACCAUGCGAACAAGAAAAAUCUCGUCGGAGCAGGAAGACAUUUACAUCAUCACAUCUCUCACGAUGAUACUGCUGGAUAUACGACCUCAUCUCCGACCAGCGACGAGUCAUUCCGCUGGUUACCAUCGUGGUCGGAACUGAAGUCGCAUUACAUACAUGAGCUGGGGUUCCUCGCAUCUCUCGUGCAAUUUCUUGCGGCGACGAUAUUCUGGAUCGCGGGAUUCACAGGAAUGCCUGGUAUAAACAAUCAUUUAAGUCAAGGCCUAGCGGAUGGAGUGUACUGGGUACCUCAAAUAGUUGGUGGGAUCGGGUUCGUCGCAAGUGGCCUGCUGUUCACAUUGGAAACUCAGGAAAGAUGGUACAAGCCAGCAUUCCAUGUUCUAGGAUGGCAUAUUGGUGCUUGGAAUUUUAUAGGGGGUAUUGGAUUCACUCUUUGUGGUGCGCUGGGUCCAGCGAUUGGUCACUCUGGUAUUGAGUACCAGGCUACGCUGGCUACAUUCUGGGGCUCAUGGGCGUUCAUGAUUGGGUCUACGAUUCAAUGGUUUGAAAGUUUACAGAAACAUCCUGUUGAGACGAAAGGGAAUCCCAAAUUGGCAGCUUCUUGA